AUAUUCCUAAUUUUAAUUAUAGCCCUAAACAGUGUUUAGUACUCAACCAAACCCAGAAAGUUUGACAAUAUCUUUUCUCCAGUUUCACAUUUACUCCUCCGUUCCUUUCCCCCAAGUUUUCUUUCAGAAAUCGGUCAUCUUCUAUUCGAUCUCUCAUCGGUUAAGGUGUUUUGAGGUCAAAAAAUGGAGGGUGGGUUUGGGGAAUCGAUGAAUAGGCAGCCCCCAAGCCCUUCGUUUGCAAGCAGCAGCAGCAAUAACAAUAGCGAUGCUGGAUAUUUUGAGUGUAAUAUUUGCUUCGAUUUGGCUCAAGACCCUAUAGUUACUCUUUGUGGUCACCUCUUUUGCUGGCCUUGCCUCUACAAAUGGACUCACAUCCACUCUCUUUCACAUGAAUGUCCUGUUUGCAAGGCUCUUAUUGAAGAGGAGAAAUUGGUUCCUCUAUACGGCCGAGGAAAGAAUUCCACCGACCCUCGCGCCAAGUCAAUUCCUGGGACGGACAUUCCACAUCGUCCCACGGGUCAAAGGCCCGAAACAGCUCCUCCACCUGAUCCGAAUGCUAAUGCCAAUGCCAAUGCCAAUGCAUUUGCACAGCAAGGAUAUGGAUUCACGGGAGGCUUCGGCCCCUUUGGUGGUUUUGCACCUGUGGCGAGUGCUAGGUUUGGGAACUUCACAUUUUCCGCGGCACUUGGGGGACUACUGCCUUCGUUCUUUAACAUUCAAGUGAAUGGAUUCCCAAAUCAAAACCUGUAUGGAGCAGGUCAUGGUUUUCCAUUCGGGUAUCCUAAUACGUUCCAUGGUGCACAUGCUCAGGGAUUCCAUCAUCAUGGAAACCAGCAAGAGCAAGCGGAUUCCACCUUGAUGCUCCUGUUGCUGGUGGUCGGUUUGAGUGUGCUUUUAACUUUAAUUUGGAGUUGAGGAACGGAUAUUGCAUUUUGGAGUUUUGGUGGCGAGGUGAAGCAUCAUCGGAGAGUUUUAGGGCUCUGUAAUUAGCAGCGUCUUGAAUUGUAGGGCAUUGCUGUUGUCGAUAGGUACUUGAAUUUAGCUUCUAUUGCAUUUGAUACUAGUAUAGCUCAAUAAGUUAUUCCAAAUCACAGCACUCUAGACUCACUUCUUUGAUUUAUGUCGGUAGCCCUUGUGAUACAAGGUUCAAUGUUUCAUAUAGAUUCUUAUUUCUUCUAUGAAGUUCAAAUGUUUUUAGUAUAGGAUGCUAGUUUACUUUUGAGGUGAAGGAAAAGUGAAUGAAUCAAAUAAAUGAAAGCUUUGGAGUUUGUAGUUUUUCUA